CCCUUGGUCUUCCCCCAGUGGAAGGGAGACUUCCUUGUGCAAUGUUUUGGCUAAGGAGAAAAGCAUCGCGAGUCGUAGUAGGUGUGUUUCUUCUGCCUCGGUGCUUUGCCCGUGUUGCAUAACGAUCGGAGCCGGUCUUGCAGCCACUGAAGUUGAGCAUCGAGCGCCGCCCCUUUCCUCGAGAAGCUCCACCUCCCCCUCCCCGCUGGAGUUUUCUUUCUCACUCUCUUGGGAGAUCGCUGUGGUGUCCGGGCUCCGAUCCGCCGGUGGGUUGUAUUGAGCCUGGGAGCUGUUUGCCAUGAGUACCCCGCCGGCAGAAUGAAGGGGGGAAGGCACGGCUAUGCUCGCACGCCUUGUUUGGGCUGGUUCAUUACAAAGUGCUGCUGCUGCUUCCCGACGUGCAAAGACUCCUAUUCCGCCUCCUCCAAUGAAAAUGGAGGGAAAUCUGAAUCGGUUGCCAACUUGCAGCCUCAGCCAUCCCUCAAUUCCAUCCAGAGCUCGCCUGGUCCAAAGCGCUCAACCAACACACUGAAGAAAUGGUUAACGAGCCCUGUCCGCCGACUGAACAGUGGGAAGGCAGACAGUAACAUCAAAAAGCAGAAAAAAGUGCGCGAAGGAAGGAAAAGCUUUGAUUUGGGUUCCCCCAAGCCUGGUGAUGAGACCACACCUCAGGGAGAUAGCGCUGAUGAGAAGAGUAAGAAAGGUUGGGGUGAAGAUGAACCUGAUGAAGAAUCUCAUACACCACUCCCCCCACCAAUGAAGAUUUUUGAUAAUGACCCAACGCAAGAUGAGAUGUCCUCCUCUUUGCUAGCUGCUCGACAGAGCACCUCUGAUGUCCCAACUGCUGCGGAUCUUGUCAGUGCAAUAGAAAAACUGGUCAAAACCAAGCUGACAUUAGAAGGAGGCUCGUACCGAGGAAGCUUAAAAGAUGCCACUGGAUGCUUGAAUGAAAGUGUAGUACCUUCAACUCCUCCUUUGAGAAAUCUUGAAGAGGAACAAAAAGCCAAAGCUAUGAGAGGCAGGAUGUUUGUUCUAAAUGAAUUGGUACAGACUGAGAAAGAUUAUGUCAAAGACUUGGGAACUGUGGUGGAGGGAUUCAUGAAAAGAACAGAAGAAAAAGGUGUUCCUGAAGACAUGAAAGGGAAAGACAAGAUUGUAUUUGGAAAUAUUCACCAGAUCUAUGAUUGGCACAAAGAUUUUUUUCUGGCUGAACUGGAAAAGUGCCUUCAGGAGCAUGACCGUUUAGCACAACUCUUCAUCAAACAUGAGAGACGAUUACACAUGUACGUGGUGUACUGUCAAAACAAACCAAAAUCUGAAUAUAUAGUAGCGGAAUAUGGUGCAUAUUUUGAGGAGGUGCAACAAGAAAUAAACCAGCGGCUAACUCUCAGUGACUUCUUAAUCAAACCCAUUCAAAGAAUAACCAAGUACCAGCUAUUACUCAAGGACUUCCUAAAAUACAGUGAAAAAGCUGGUCUGGAAUGUUCAGAGACAGAGAAAGCUGUGGAGUUAAUGUGCCUUGUUCCUAAACGCUGCAAUGACAUGAUGAACCUGGGCCGUCUUCAGGGCUUUGAGGGCAAGCUGGCAGCCCAAGGGAAGUUGCUGCAGCAGGAUACGUUCUAUGUAACGGAGCAGGAUUCUGGAGGGCUCUCUCGGCCGAAGGAACGCAGAGUUUUUCUCUUUGAGCAAAUAGUCAUCUUUAGUGAGCUCCUUAGGAAAGGCUCUCUAACGCCUGGGUACUUGUUUAAACGGAGCAUAAAGAUGACAUACCUAAUUCUCGAAGAUAAUGUGGACAAUGAUCCCUGCAAAUUUGCUCUUAUGAGUCGGGAAACGUCCGAGAGGCUCAUCUUGCAAGCUGCCAAUCCUGAAAUCCAGCAAGCUUGGGUGCAGGACAUCAACCAAGUCUUGGACACACAGAGGGACUUCUUAAAUGCACUACAGUCUCCUAUCGAGUACCAGCGCAAAGAGAGCAGUAGUUCAGCUGUAAUGAGACCCCAGACCAGCAGGGUACCUCAGCCCAUCACCAGACCAUAUUCCUCAGGUCCAGUAGGGUCCGAUAAACCUUUGAAGGCUACAAUGCGUAACCCAUCUCUGCCACCUCUGAAGAUAUCUACCUCCAAUGGCAGCACAGGACAUGAGCAGCACCAGCCUGGGGACAAAUAUGAACAAAGCAAGAAUGACUUGGGUGGGUGCAAUGGAACCUCUUCCAUGGUGGUCGUCAAAGAUUACUAUGCAUUGAAGGAGAAUGAAAUCUCUGUCAACCAGGGUGAGGUGGUCCAAGUACUUGCCAUUAACCAGCAGAACAUGUUCCUUGUGUACCAGCCUGCCAAUGACCAUUCACCAGCAGCAGAAGGAUGGAUCCCAGGGAAUAUCUUGGCUCCCCUCACUAAAUCAACUACAGAUAGUAGCGACGGAAGUAUAAAGAAGUCAUGUUCAUGGCAUACCCUGCGCAUGAGAAAGCGGGCGGAAAAGGAAAGCAGUGGCAAAACUGAAGCCAAUGGCCUACGUAAACCCAAGGAUAUUCUGGGCAACAAAGUCUCUGUUAAAGAGACAAACAGUUCUGAGGAGUCAGAAUGUGAUGACCUUGACCCCAACACUAGCAUGGAGAUCAUCAACCCAAACUUCAUCCAGGAAGUGGCUCCAGAGUUCCUCGUGCCCUUAGUGGACAUCACAUGCUUACUUGGAGACACAGUCAUGCUGCAGUGCAAAGUCUGUGGACGACCAAAACCAACCAUCACCUGGAAAGGGCCAGAUCAAAACAUCCUUGAAAACGACAGCAGCACAGCUGCAUAUACAAUUUCCUCCUGUGACUCGGGUGAAAUUACUCUGAAGAUCUGUAAUCUGAUGCCCCAAGACAGUGGUAUUUACACAUGUGUGGCAACGAACGAACUAGGAACAACAUCCACUUCAGCUACAAUCAAAGUGCAAGGUGUCCCAGCAGCUCCAAAUCGCCCUAUUGCUCAGGAAAGGAGCUGCACCUCAGUGAUUCUCCGCUGGUUGCCUCCAUCCAGCACAGGGAACUGCACGAUUUCAGGUUACACAGUGGAAUACAGAGAAGAAGGGUCACAGGUCUGGCAGCAGUCUGUUGCCUCAACUUUGGACACCUACCUCGUUAUGGAAGAUCUCACACCGGGCAGUGAAUAUCAGUUCCGAGUCAGCGCCAGCAAUCCUUGGGGCAUUAGCUUACCCAGCGAGGCCUCCGAGUUUGUGAAGCUUCCAGAAUACGACUCUGCCGCAGAUGGAGCCACUGUGACCUGGAAAGAGAACUUUGAUUUAGCCUACAUAGAACUGAAUGAGAUUGGAAGAGGCCGAUUUGCUGUUGUAAAGAAAUGUAUCCACAAAGCCACCAGAAAGGAUGUGGCAGUGAAGUUCAUCAAUAAAAAAAUGAAGAAGAAGGAGCAGGCAGCACAUGAGGCAGCCAUGUUGCAACAUUUGCAACAUCCUCAGUACAUCACUAUUCACGACACCUAUGAGUCGCCUUCCUCCUAUAUCUUGGUUUUAGAACUGAUGGAUGAUGGACGUCUCUUGGAUUACCUUAUGAAUCAUGAUGAACUGAUGGAGGAGAAAGUGGCUUUUUACAUAAGAGACACUAUGGAAGCCUUACAAUAUCUUCACAACUGUCGGGUGGCUCAUUUGGAUAUAAAGCCUGAAAAUCUGCUCAUUGACUUACGGAUCCCAGUGCCUCGUGUUAAGUUGAUAGACCUAGAAGAUGCUGUUCAAAUCACUGGUAAUUACCACGUCCACCAUCUCCUUGGAAAUCCUGAAUUUGCUGCUCCAGAAGUUAUCCAAGGCGUUCCUGUUUCCUUGGGCACAGAUAUCUGGAGCCUAGGAGUGCUCACCUAUGUCAUGCUGAGUGGUGUGUCUCCCUUCUUGGAUGAAAGCAGAGAGGAGACUUGCAUCAAUGUGUGCCGAGUGGAUUUCAGCUUCCCCAGCGAAUACUUCUGCGAGGUCAGUCAUGCUGCCAGAGACUUCAUCACGGUCAUUCUUCAGGAGGACUUCCGGAGGAGGCCAACGGCAGCCACUUGCUUGCAGCACCCUUGGCUGCAGUUUCACAAUGGCAGCUAUUCCAAAAUCCCACUAGAUACCUCACGCCUGGCCAGCUUCAUUGAACGCCGCAAACACCAGUUUGAUGUGCGCCCACUUCCCAAUGUUAAGAGUUUCAUAAUGAGCAGGAUGAACCUAGGAACAUAAUGCAACACAAGUACUUUGACUUGACGUUGAAGUGUAAUAGGUAUGAAAAAAGAGAAGGUAGAAUCUGCCUUCAUAUGUCUGUAUAAAGUGUUCUAUUUGAUGUGAUGUCCAAGAAAGUAUCUGCACUGUUCCAGCAGCUGCAUUAUCUAACUAGUUAGAAAUAGAAUUAGAUGCUUUCAGGUGUUCCAUAUACAACUUCCUGGGUGACUUAUUCUUGUUACAUUGUAGUCAUGUUAAAAAAAAGAGAGAGAGAUGAAUAUUAAAAACCGCAUCAGUUGAGAAGGGGAACGAAAACACUGUUGCCUUGCUUUUGAAAGGCAGCCUCCUAAAAGAGCUGGGCAGUCUUUAACGAGAGAUAAAAUUUAAGUAAUUUUAAAUUUGAUUUGAAAGCAAAGUAAUAAGGGUAGGCUCGGCUGACCCUCAGCAGUCAACAUUUCCUGAAAAACAAACUGGACUGGGUUCAGAUUCUGCAGAAACUCUUUUACAAGUGCCAACGGAGGACCAGAAGUAUCUCACAAGGAGGACUCCACGUAUCUUCAAUAAGAACUAACCUUGCUGCAGGGUGGUUGUUUUAUGGCUCUUGUGCCAUUAUAAUAUCAGCUUUGCCUUGAGUAUGCUGUAUUGAGAAAGAUCUCAGUGUACCUUUGCCAGUAAGUCCUCUCUGGAUUCUAUGGCACUCUUGUUGUCAAAGCCAACAUAUCAUCAAGUGGCAACAUGCUGCUGCUGAGAUGCUAAAUUCACUGGAACAAAAAGAAAAUGUUUUGAUGAAGCACAAUGAGACUUUUUUUUACUAGAAUUUUUAUAGCUCUUGUACAGAAAUCUUUUGAAAUACCCGUUCAUGGGGAAAAGGCGAUGUUAAAAUAAUUGCUGUUAUCUGUAAACUAGAUGUCAAAGACUUUUUUCUAUUGCAGGGCGUUGGUUGAACUCUCAUAUAUUGUGUAAGAUGAAAAAGGACCUUGUUCCUCCUUCAGCUUGAAAAGUUGCUCAGUUGUGAUUUCAAUCCAAAGUUAGCCAAAGUGUGGUAAACAUAGUGGGUCCAUCCUAAUGCUUAUGGCUUCAAAAUGGCUCUUAGUGAGUAAGAUUGGUAGUUUACUACAUUUGUAUAUAUGCAUCUCUCGGGUAUCCCUCAAACUGUUGUUAUCUUCUUUUUCCAGUUACAAAAGUCUGGUGUGAAAUAACUCAAAAAGAUAAUUAAUAUAAAAACCAUUACUACAUUCAGUUCUCAUUAAUGAAAUACUCAGCUAGUGAAUCAACUACUUUCUAGUGAAUCAACUACUAGUAACUACUUUCAAACUAAACAGUUCUGGGAUAACAGUUCCAGGUUAUAGUCUCCUUAUAUUGCUAUUGAAGGGACUAGUCCAACUCCUUACACCAAGGCAACCUUAUUACAAAGUCAGCAUGGCUGAAUCUUUAUUUAUUUAUUUAUUUAUUUAUUUAUUUAACGUAUUUUUAUACCUCCCAAAACUUUAGUCUCUGGGCGGUUUACAUGAAUCAUUAGCCUUUGAUUCAUGUCUGAUUUGCUCCUUUUUCUCUUUCCCAGCAGGAUGCCAAUGGUUCUGGCACCCUCUUCAGCCACGUUUGCCCUGAGACAUCUGUCAUGGGCAGCCUGCUGAGCGAUAAACAGAUGCUAUCUGUACAGGAUAACUUUUCUGCACAACCAAUUGCUGUUGGGUGAAAUACAGUUCUGCCACCUUGACACUGUUCAGCCAGAGAGGGUCUUUAUUGUUGCGUGUUCAUAGAUGCAAAGCACUUUUACAUGAGACUGCAUUAAAAGGCAGAUUUAAACAAAGUCAGAAAUUCAGCCCAAGAGAAACAAUAACAAACAAAGAGUAGGAAUGUGUACAGGUGACCAUUUACGAAGUGGGAACUUAUCACAAGCCAUGGGCAUAUAACCACUUGAUUAGCUGGUCAUUUCAUUUGUACUGUGCUGCCAAAUUAUGGGGUAAAUCUUGCCACAUGUCUUCAUCUGAUGAGAAAUCUGGGGAAGCAAAGGAAUGGGAAGGUAGAGUUGUUCUCAUCCCAUAAUGUAUUUAUUAAGAUUAGUAAAGACCAAUCUAUCUCUCACUUUUCAAAUACAAUAAGAUAUUAUUUAUAACAAAAUGCGCUUAGCAAGACUGUACAGAUGACCAGGCUACCGAGUGGUUGCGGGCACAUUGUGAUCUGUUACAGUUUGGGAAAUGCUUGCCUGUAUUUCUUUUGUAUCAGUGGUGGGGAAAGAGGAGGCCAGGGGCUUUUCUGUCAGAGCUAAAAGGCAAAGUACUGUUGGGGACCUGAAUGUUAGGGAAGACCUGGUUUCUCUCUCCACUGUGUCAAUUUUCUAGACAAUGCAGGAAUGCAUUCUCCAAACAAGACUGUAACCUGGCAUUCCCCAGUGCAAUUCUCAGGUAUUUUUUCUUAACCAGGUUAGACUAUUCUAAUCCUCCCGCCUAGCUCUUUUCUAUAGGAGUUAGUUAUUCAUGAUGUCUCAGCAUCUACAACUCACCUUAAGAUAUUUGUGGGCCAAUGAUCAAUAAAAACCGCUUUUGAAAGGCUCACACUCUUUUUAAGUAACGACACUCACUUCCGUUUAUAUGGAGCCUUUCUUUAUACAGGUAUAUUGUAUUUAUUUCUAUGUAUUGAUGUUUCUUUCUUGUUGUUCUCUAUAGAACUGGCGUCACCAUUGCCAGAUCAAGAGCUGUAAAUACUACUCUAGGAAGGCAAGAAGUGUCAACAAAUUGAAUGAGAUUUGUUUUGCCUCACCAGGCAUCAGAUAAUCAGAACAGAAAAGGAUAAAGUAUAGGAAAGGGUAUUGAUUUGGGUUUUUGGCGAGUAAAUGUGGUUGAACAAAGCUGAGUGCCUUUCCCUUUCCUUCUUGAUGAAAAGUGCUUUCCCCCCUGUAUAUAUUUUUCUCAAGAAGUUUACUGUACCACAGUUUUUAUAACCCAUGUGAUCAUCAUAUAACCCAUUGAUGUCAUAGUAUGGAAUGUGGGGUAGGAUCAGCUGUGGUUGAUUUGAAUUGUCACUGUUUCCUUUGACUAUUGACAAUCAUCCAGAAGUGGUAUGUGCAAAGAACAGUCAAGAUCUGCUUAAAAUUAACAUGUUUUAUUGCUUCCAGUGGAACCUAGGCUACAAUCCUAAGCAUGUUUACCUAGGGGAAAGCCCCAUAAAACACAGGGGGCAAGAUCCAGACUAAUGCUGAAUCCCAUUGAAAUCAAUGGGACUUAGUUAUAAGUCUUGUUUCACUUAUUUCAAUAGUGCUUAGUCAUGACUAACUUAGUCUGGGUGUUGUCCAGUAAUGCUUGCUUAAAGAAAAGGGAAAACCAUACAGGCUGCACAGCAUUUGCUGGACUGGGAUAAUAGGUAGUAAUUUCCAGUUUUAUCCUUCCACGUGUACAUGGAAGGGUGAACCAACCUGUUAAAAUGUGCACCUGCUUCUGGCCCUUUACUUGUGAUUCCAAGGAAACCCAAAGUAUACUCCACACAUUCUCCAAGAAAAGAAUUCUUACAUGGGACAGAAUAAACUUCUUGGUAAAUUUGUAUACCACCAUGAAAUAAUAACUAGUUGAAUCAAAUGCAUGAAUCUCUGUUGCAAUAACAGUGCCACCAAAUCCCAGCUCCCUCAGACGACCCAAGAAGGAUACCAUGUUUGAAAGCUGCCAAGAGAUCAGAAAGGAUCAGACCAAUGAAGUCUCAACCCUAUUGCCCUCUAAAAAGCCAGUUUGAAAUGGGUCUAAGUAAUAUGUUUCCUCCAAGACUGCACAUAUUUGAUCUUUAACAUUUCCACUUCUCAGACACACAUACAUACACUGGUUGCAACAGUUAGUCUAAAUUGCUCACAACUGGAAAAAUGCAACAAUUUAAAAUCUGUUCCAAUGAAAUGACUUAUUUCCUAAUUACUUUUGUAACCCAACUUUGCACAUCAGCGGCAACACCAUAGUAUACACAGGGUUUCAUAAUAUAAGAACAGCUCUGCUGGAUCAGGCCCAAGGCCUAUCUAGUCCAGCAGCAUCCUGACUCAUACAGUGGCCCAUCAGAUGCCUCUGAGAAGCUCGCAGGCAAGAGGUGAGGGCAUGUCCUCUCUCUUGUUGUUGCUCUAAACUGGUAUUUAGAGGCAUUGUCCCACUGAGGCUGGAGGUGGCCUGUAGCCACCAGGCCAAUAGCCAUUGAUAGACCUGUUCUCCAUGAAUUUGUCUAAGCCCCUUUUAAAGACAUCCAAGCUAGUGGCCAUCACCACAUUCCAUGGCAGAGAAUUCCAUACGUUAAUUAUGUGCUGUGUGAAAAAGUACUUCCUUUUGUUGGUCCUACAUUAACUGGCCUUCAGUUUCAUGGGAAUGACCCCUGGUUCUAAUGUUGUGAGAGAGGGAGAAAAACUUCUCUCUGUCCACUCUUCCUCCUCCAUGCAUAAUUUUCUACACCUCUGUCAUGUCUCCCUGUGGUUGCCUCUUUUCCAAACUUAAAAGUCCCAGAUGCUAUCGCCUUAAGAACAUAUGUGAAGUUGGAGUUUUUUGCCUCAAUAUGCAUCAAUAUGCAACUUGCUUACAUUGAACCACAUUUGCCAUUUUGUCACCCACUCACCCAGUUUGGAGAGAUCCUUUUGGAGCUCCUUACAAUCUGUUGUGGAUUUCACUACCUCAAAUAGUUUAGUGUCAUCUGCAAACCUGGCCAAUUCGCUGCUUACCUCAAUUUUUAACUUGUUUUAUGAACAAGUUAAAGAGCACUGGUCUGAGUACAGAUCCCUGGGGGACCCCACUUCUUUCUUCCCUCCAUUGUGAAAACUGUCCAUUUAUUCCUAUCCUCUGUUUCCUGUCCUUCAACCAGUUACCAAUCCACACAAGAACUUGUCCCCUUAUCCCAUGACUGUUAAGUUGACUCAAGAGCCUUUGGUAAGGAACUUUGUCAAAAGCUUUUGACAAAACUUUUGUCAAAAGUAUACCAAGUCAACCACAUGCCUGCCAACAUUUUAUCCACAAGCCUGUAGACACUCAAAGAACUCCAAAAGGUUAGUGAGGCAAGACUUAUCCUUGCAGAAGCCAUGCUGGUUCUCCUCCAGGAAAGCUUGUUCUUCUAUAUGUUUAAGUAUGCUUUCCAUCAAUUUACCCAACACAGAAGGUAAACUAAGCAGCCUAUAUUUUUCUGGAUUCACAUACCCCACCCCGUCCACCGGAUCCCGUUUUGAUAAUUGGAGUUCUCUUCAUUUGGGCAGGACUUCCAUUUUCUGCAUUUUAAAUUUUAUUGGCUUUUACAAGGACUUCCAUUUUCUGAAGGAAGUUGUCUUCCCUUUUAUAGCUUUCCUGACUCUGCUUGUUAGCCACCCUGGUGUCCUCCUGAACCUGGUUCUACCUUUCCUCCUACUUGGUAUAUGGUCCAACUGAGCUUCUAUUCUUGUGGUUUUGAGUAAGUUCCAUGCUUUCUGGAGUGAUUUGACACACACACCCCGACUUCCUUUUUCAGCUUCCUUUUUACCAGUCCCCUCAUUUUUGAGAGCUUUCCUCUUCUUAAGUCCAACACAGAACACAUCUGUGUUGGACUUCCUUGGUAAUGCUCCACUUGCAUAUAAACUGAAUUGGAUCACACUAGUGUCGCUGUUUCCCAAUGGUUCUACAACUCUGAUAUCUUGCACCAAGUCUUGGGCACCACUCAGGAUUAAGUCCAAGGUCGCCUUUCCUCUGGUUGGUUCCGCAGCCAUCUGUUCUAAGGCACAGUCAUUUAGCAUGUCUAGAAAUUUGGUCUGUCAAUACCCACAUAUAAAUUUGCCCUGUCUAUGUGAGGCAAUGGUAAACCCCUCCUGUAUUCUACCAAAAGAAAACCACAGGGCUCUGUGGGCGCCAGGAAUCAAAAUUGACUUGACGGCACAAUUUACCUUUAUGUGAUGGUAAUUGAAAUCAUCCAUUGUUACAGCUCUGUCUUUUUUCGACACCUCUCUGAUUUACUUCUCCAACUCCAGAUCAUUCUCAGCAUUUUGAUCUGUAAGGCGAUAGCACGUCCCUAAUAAUACAUUUCCUUUCAGUCCUCAUAUUGUCACCUAAAAUGUUUCUGUGGUGGUUUCUUUUCUCAUCUAGAUACUGGCCAGGAUCAGACCUGCUUCUCCAGUACCUGUAUGAGAUGAGAGACCUGGUUGUUUAAUAUUCUAGUUCAAGCCGAGUAGAAAUGAACAAUGUCCUGAACUGGAUCUAGCAAAAGCAAUCCUUGUGCAGCUGAUACAGCUGUACAUCUUGAUGUCCAAAUGGUCCUGACUCUGCAUUGAACUUGAUGGAUGUGUCUGCUGCAGAUAUAUAUUUUAUUUUAUUCAACGUAUUUCUAUACCACUCAAACCUUGCGUCUCUGGGCGGAAGGGAUAUACAUUCUCAUAGGGGGCCAUAGUUGCACAUAUGGUGACUAGCAAUGGUUUUAGGGCUUUAGCUGGCAAUUAGGAAUUGCUAUCUGUGAUUUGGUUCCCAAAGGGACCCCACAGUGCCAUUUCAUGGACAACAUUUUCUAUCCCAUCCAUUUGCAAAAGUAAAUUUCAUUUCACAGAUCUUUGGUUUAUCACCCAAUCAGAUCAUUUAUGAACUAUCAGAAAAUGGAGCUUUUCUAAGGGAAUAAAAUCAAAUCUUCUGCCUUAAAAAACAAAACAAAACUCAAGACUGAUUAUACAACUGCCAUCAAUGGUCAAAUUGCUGUUCUGGACUCAUUAUACUAGUGACUGUUAACUAUGUUAGGAUUUCUGUGAUUUGUGUUCUUAUAUUCUGAAGCUAGCAGAAACAAAUGUCUGUCUUACUUAAGCCAUAUCCUACCUUCAUGGCCGGUUCUUCAAUGCUGGUGCUUUUACUUCUCUGUCAAAAAUGCCACUCCAGCAGGAAGGAUUGGAGACAAUAAGGUCUAACAUGCAGAGGGCACAGCAGGCAAUUGAAAAAAUAUACCUUUCAAAAUAUUUGCAACAAUUGUGAAUGGUGAUGGUGGUGGGGUGAAUGUAUUGUUAAAAGCUUAAUAUUUUUCAAGGUGCAAACAAAUUCCACAGCCUUAAUCAUUUGCAGUCUUUCGCUGGUCUGCCUUAAGUGUUAUCUUUUUAUUUUAUUGCUGAUUUCAUUUUGUAUGCAUAUGUGUUUUCUAAAGAUACAUUUUGUAAAUAUUUUAUUUAUACUUCUGAUUCUUCAUGUGUGAUGUUGUAAAGUGAUUUCCUGCUGUAACAUGUUCUUACUCCUUUGUACUCUCAUGCAGUACAUGUUAUCUACAGAUGAUGCUUCUACAUUUUAGGAUAAAACUGCCUUCCUUAUAAAUACAAUAUACAAAAGAUUGA